CAAGGAGUGUGACCAACACUUAUCAGUGAGUAGUAUCAAUCACUAGUUGUUGAACUUAGUCUCGGGCGAUGCCGUGAGACAGUGCGACCACACCAGAUGCUAUCAUUCGCACCCCACUUUCCAGAAGUCCAGCUUGGCCGAGCACGAGGGGCCGAGACGCGAGGAGGGAGGGGUGGCUGGCCUUGAAGCUUACAUGAGUUGAGUAAGGAGGGUUUCAAACGCCUCAUGAACCAAAUUCAACUAUAUCAGCAAAGAUCUGUUGCGACUCAAAUAGGCUUUGUUCUAGACACGCCAAACUAGCAUUCACAGGCUCGAGGCCAGCCCAUAUUGUAUCAUCAAAUCAAGGCAUUUACAACGACGAUAUUAACUUCCGUCUGACGUUUUCUCAUAAAGCCACCAUGGCAGCGCUCGAGAUUCCAAUCAUUGACUUCUCUGGAUUCUACUCCGAGGACCCUCUUCAAAAGCAAAAGGUCGUGGACCAAGUACGCGACAGCUGCCUGUAUAAUGGCUUCUUCCAGAUCGUGGGCCACUCUGUGCCUCUAGUGCAGCAGAAGGCCGCCAUGGGUGGCACCAAGAAGUUCUUCGCCAUGCCUCUUGAAGAAAAGCAAAAGGUCGCAAAGGAGAACACGACUUGGAACCGCGGUUAUGAGAUGCUGAGGUCACAGAUCCUCGAGGUGGGAACUCAACCAGAACUCAAGGAAGGCUUCUACAUCGGAGCUGAGAUCCCUGAGGACCACCCUUACUUCAUCAACAAAAAGCUCAACAGCGGACCGAACCAGUGGCCCGAGGGUCUGGGUAGUGACCUGCAGAGCUUCAGGGAUUCCUCGAUGGAAUACUACUCUUCGGCGCUCAACCUUGCCUCAGAUCUGAUGCAGGUUAUUGCACUAUCAUUGGACCUGGAGGAGAGCUACUUUUCCAAGUUCAUGGAUGGAGCUGUGGCGACAAUGAGACUCCUCCACUACCCGUCGCAACCCAAGGACGCGGACGAGAAGUUGACUCGUGGAAUUGGUGCCCACACCGAUUUCGGUGCCAUUACCAUGCUUCUUCAGGAUGAGGUCGAUGGCCUGCAGGUAUGGGACAAGAAGAACGGGACAUGGAUCGACGUCCCACCAACUGAGGGUGCCUUUGUUGUGAACUUGGGUAAUCUGAUGGCGAGAUGGACCAACGAGUUGUACAAGAGCAACAUUCACAGGGUCAUCAACAAGUCUGGCAAGGAGCGCUACUCCAUCCCCGUCUUCGUCUCUGGCAACCCAGACUACCUGGUCGAGUGCAUCCCCACUUGCAAGUCGGCGACGCAGCCAGCCAAAUUUGGACCGGUCACCGUUGAGCAAGCAGUCUCUGCCUCGUAUGCAGAGUCAUACGGAAGGGCACAACUGUACAAACAGGGUCUGGAGCAAGCUACUGCUAACAAGGUGAAGGCUCAGGAAGCCCAGCCAGCGCAGAUUGCGGUUGCUUGAAGUGUUAGUGGUAGAAGAGCAUGUAAAUAAGUUUUUAAGAAUGAUUUAGCAAUGUGCAAUUCUAUUAGCUUUGAAGUCACAAGCAUAGAUGGUAAUAGUGACGAAAGAAAGAGCAGCUCAU